GCGUGUGACAGAAUAAGUCGAGUCAGGGCAAGUCGAGUAAGUUUUGCACAAGUGCUUGUGGAAAUAUGGCAGCCAUGGAGACGGAGGCUACCAGAAGUGAAGGUGUGCAGAUGGAAAUCAGUGAGAAGACGAAAGAAAAUGAGAAAAAGAAAAGAUCGAGAGUUAAACAGCUGCUUUCUGAUGUGAAGAAGCAGGUCGACUUCUGGUUUGGGGAUGUUAACCUCCAUAAAGACAGAUUUCUCAGAGAACAACUUGAAAAAUCCAGAGAUGGGUAUGUUGACAUUUCUAUACUAACAACAUUUAACAGAAUGAAAAAGUUGACUACUGAUGUGAAGUUAAUAGCACGAGCACUGAAAAAUUCAAUGGUAGUGGAGCUGAAUCUGGAGGGAACCAAAAUGCGGCGACGCCAUGCACUUGGAGAGGAUCCUAAAAAUGUUGAUGAGCGCACAGUAUAUGUGGAACUGCUUCCCAAAACUGUUACACACAGCUGGCUAGAGCGCGUGUUUACCAAGUGUGGAAAUGUGGUUUACAUCAGCGUUCCUCGGUACAAAUCCACUGGAGAUCCAAAAGGCUUUGCUUUCAUUGAGUUUGAAACUGAAGGACAAGCUGAGAAAGCCAUAGAAAUGCUGAACAAUCCACCAGAAGAUGCAUCAAGAAAACCUGGAAUCUUCCCCAAGACAGUAAAGAGAAAACCUAUUGCUCUCAACACCAGUGAGUGCAGUGUUGUAGAGGAGAAGAAGAAGAAAAAGAAAAAGAAGUCUCGCAGCAGCAGAAAGGAGAGCACUGGCCUGGCAGCAUCGGAAGUCAAGGAAGCCGACCCUGAAUCUUGUGCAGAACCUUCUAUUAAAAAGAAAAGACUUCGGGGACUGUCCGAAUGCUCGGAGACAGAUAGUACUGAUGUCCGGAAAGCCUUGGGUAAAAAGGACAAAAAGAAAAGGUGCAGAUCUGAAAGCACAGAGCCCACAGAGGAGGUCAGGCAAGGGAAACGGAAGAGAAGCAGCACAGAUAGCCAGAAGGAAACCCCGUGCAAAGUCAGGAAGGUCUCUGAAGUGGAGCGAGUUCCUGAAUUAAAACAAGAGUCGGAAAAUGGACAAAGAGAUUUGAAAGAGCUGUCUACAGAGGAGGAAAAGGAUUUGAAAAAAGAUGAGUCUCUGUUAAAAGCCAAGAGAAAGCGCAAGAAGAAGCACAAGGAGAGACACAAGAUGGGAGAAGAAGUAAUUCCAUUAAGAGUCCUUUCCAAGAAUGAAUGGUUGAAUUUGAAGCAGGAGUAUUUAACACUACAGAAAAAUAGCAUGGCCUCUUUGAAGAAAUCCAUGUCUCAGAUUAAACAGAAGACUGAAGGGAAGAUGGAGGUUGAAUCAUGUCAACCAAGUGAUAAUGAUGUCAAAGCAAACAACAAAGAAGCCCAGCCCCCUCAGAAGGCUGCUCCCCAGGGACCCCAGUUUGUGAGUGGAGUCAUCAUCAAAAUCACCCACAGUGAACCCCUACCAGGAAGGAAGUGCAUCAAGGAUGCUUUGUCAGAAGUGGCUGCUGUGGCUUACGUGGACAUGUUAGAGGGAGAUGCAGAGGGCCAUGUCCGGUUUAAAACUCCAGAAGACGCCAAGACUGUGAUAGAGUCUCGUGCUGAAAUUCAGAAGAAACACCAUUGGAAACUGGAAAUCCUGUCUGGUGAUAAUGAACAAAGGUACUGGCAGAAGAUUUUGGUGGACAGACAAGCUAAACUUAAUCGUCCGAGGGACAAAAAACGAGGCACAGAAAAGCUGAUUGCAAAAGCUGAGAAAAUAAUUGUGGCUAGAACAAGAGAGGCAAGCAAGCACAUACAUUUUGAUGAAGACUGAAGAAGCUUCAAGAUAAUUACUUUCUAUUGAAAGGGUUACAUUGUUUUGUUUUUUUGUACUUAAUUUUUUCUGCAGCAUUUUUUUGUUUGUUUGUUCUGCAGAAGCAACACUGUGUGACUGUUUUUUAUGACUGAUUCCUUACGAAUUACUGUGAUUUUUAAUGUAGAUCAUGUAGAGACAACAAAGUAGAGUGCAACCCCUGUUAAAGUGCUUGAUUGCUGUUGUGGUCAUAUCCAGUAUAACAAGGAUUCAGAUUAAUUCAGGUACCUGGCUGUAAAUGAUGGAGACAACUUUUUAUUUAGCAGAAUGUUAAAUUUAAUAUGUAUUCAGCUUUGAUUUUAUAUCAGAGCCUAAUGUGAAAGAUAAAAAUAAUGUCCCAUUGUUGGUAUUAGAUGGUACACAGUGCAGUUUCUCCAUCUAAUACUUUUUAUGAGCGGGUUUUGAGAAUUUAUUUUUUGGGUUAAAAAACUGAAUAAAACUUCUUCAGCUCAGCAUUUCUUGUUACCUUUUCACAUAGUG